AUGAGCAGAAAUUUAUAUCGUUUAACGAAUGAAAAAGAAGAAGAAGAAGAAAAAGAAAAAGAAGAAGGUGGUGGAGGAGGUGGAGGUGAAAGAGGAGGUGGAAAAUUACAUUUCGAUGUUUUCCUUUUAAAUAAUAAUAAUAAUAAUAUUAAUAAUAAUAGCAGCGGCGAUAUAACGCGUUUAUAUAAAAAUGGAAUCCAUAGAGAAAAACUCAUCGUCGUACUCGAUGACGAUGACGAGGAAAAUGGCGGCGAGGGCGAAAAAUCAAAAAAAAAUUUUUUUAAUAAAAAAAGGACGAAAUAUUAUAAAUAUUUAUUUUUUUUCACCGGAAUAUUAGCAUUCGUUUUUGGUUUUUUACUCGGUACAAUGUUACCAACAAUACUCGUUAAAAAUGGUGAUAAAAACAUUAAUAAUAAUAAUAAUACGUCACCGUACGGUAAGAAAAACAUGAUGGCGGCGGCGUCGGCGGUGACGAUGAUGAGAGAAAAUUAUAAAACGUAUCAAAGUGUAUCUGACGUAAUAGAAGGAGCAUUACCUUCGGGUUAUACGGAAAAUGACGUUAACGAAUGGCGUAAAUUUACAAGGAACACAACCGUUGUUCAAAUAAAAGAAGGCUGUGGUCGUAUGCAAAAUAGAUUAUUGAAAUUUUCCGACGGUACGAUAUCGUGUUGCAGGUAUCGUAGAAACACGGAUCAAAUCCAAGGUGAAUUAUUUAGUUAUUAUUUAGGUUUAACAUUGGGUUUGAGAAAUUUAGUACCCACAACAUUGGGUUUGGUUAAAAUGAGAGAUACAAAAUGGUCGUCGGUACGUUCGGAAAUGAUGUAUGCACAAUGGGUAGAAGAUAAACCCGUAGUACUCACGAAAUUCGUACCUAAUCUCAUAACGGCUUUCAUACCGUUCAAUUUUAGAAAUUCGAAUCGUAGACUUCAUCCAACCGACGUGUCGUAUAACACGUCACAAGUCACGGGUGACAUAUUGGAUAAUCUCGUAGAGCUCGCACAAUGGUCCGACAUGAUUAUAUUCGAUUAUUUAACCGCGAAUUUGGAUAGAGUCGUUAAUAAUUUAUAUAAUCUUCAAUGGAAUUUCGCCAUGAUGGAUGCUCCGACACAUAAUUUACGUCGUACAAUACACGACAAACUCCUCAUUUUUCUCGAUAACGAAAGCGGUCUCCUCCACGGUUACAGACUCUUAGAUAAAUACGAAUCUUAUCAUUCUGCCCUUUUGAACUCACUCUGCGUUUUUAGAAAAUCAACGGCGGAAAUAAUAAAAAACCUUUGGAAAAAUGGCAACGUUGGAGAUAUACUAUUGAAUAAAUUCAACGAAAACGAACCUGAUUUUAAAGACUAUCUACCCAGUUUGCCGGAGAAAAGCAUACAAAUAUUAAACGAAAGAAUAACCAAAGUCUAUAAUAUUAUUGAAAAAUGUGAAAGUUUAUAUUCUUCUCAUAAUAAUGAUAAUGAUAAUAAUAAUAAUAAUAAUAAUAAUAAUAAUAAUAAACCACCCGACGGUGGUUAA